AUGAUGCUUUCUCCCCGAACACUCGUAGCCACCGGCCUCGCCUUGGCCUCCGUCGUUGUCGCCACUCCUCCGGUUGUACAACACCCGGCGCACUGCCCGAAAGAGUGCAUCCUCGCCGUGACCGAGACCGUCCACGUACCUCAGAUUGUCACCAAGACGGUGCAUGUGCCCCAGAUUGUAACGACGACCGUCCAUGUUCCUCAAGUCGUCAAGGAGACGGUCCACGUCACGGUGCCCGUCCACGUUACCGUCACCUCGGUGCUCGAAAAGAUCGUGACCAAGACGGACGUGCAAAGGCAAGAAGUUACCAAGACAGUCACCGAUGUGAGGACUGCUACAGAGACCAAGAACGUCGUGCAGACGAAGGAGGUUACGCGGGUAGUCACCCAGCCCAUUACCCAGGUUGUCACAAAGACGGAGGUGAAGAAGGUUGUUGAAACCAAGGUCGUCACGCAACCCAUUACUCAGGUUGUCACCAAGACGGAGGUCAAGAACGUGAUCCAAACUAAGGAGGUAACGAGGGUCAUUACCCAGGCCGUCACGCAAGUAAUCACCAAGACGGAUGUCAAGAAUGUCGUGCAGACCAAGACAGUUGUCCAGGACCGGGCAGUCACCAUUCCCGUCACGGUACCUGUCAAGGUGCCCGUUACCGAGAUCAAGACCAUCCAACAGACGGUCACAGUCCCUGUGGAGAGACGGGUUACCGUCACCGUUCCCGUCGAGAGGGCCGUCACUGUCCCUGUCGAGAGGCGUGUUACCGUCACUGUCCCCGUUGAAAGGACGAUUACAGUUCCCGUCGAGAGGGCCGUCACUGUCCCUGUUGAGAGGCGUGUUACCGUCACUGUCCCUGUUGAAAGGACGAUUACAGUUCCCGUCGAGAGAGCUGUCACCGUUCCUGUGGAGAGGACCGUCACCGUCCCCGUCGACAGGGCUGUCACUGUGCCCGUGGAGAGGACAGUCACCGUUCCUGUUGAGAGGACCAUCACCGUUCCCGUCGAACGGCCCGUGACCGUCCCCGUUGAAAGGACAGUUACCGUCACCUCGAGCGCAUGUGAGGUUGCCGAUGCCAAUCCUGGCCAGCCCACUCCUCCUCCCGUCACGGUGACCGUCCCUGUCGAGAGGGUCGUCACUGUCACCUCGAGCGCCUGUGACGCCGCGGAUGCCAACCCCGGCCAACCUACUCCUCCUCCCGUCACGGUGACCGUUCCCGUUGAGAGGGUCGUCACUGUCACGUCGAGCGUGUGCGGGGUUUCGAAUGCCGACCCGGGCAUGGCUCACCAGACGCCGCCCGCUCAAAUCAUCCCUCCGAGCCACGUUACGCCUCCGGUCCACAUCGCUCCUCCCGUUCACGUCGCCCCUCCCGUCCACGUCGCCCCGCCUGUCCAUGUCGCUCCUCCCGUCCACGUCGCUCCUCCCGUCCAUAUCGCCCCUCCCGUCCAUAUCGCUCCUCCCGUCCAUAUCGCCCCUCCCGUCCACAUCACACCUCCUGUGCGCGUUGCGCCUCCCGUCCACGUUGCGCCUCCCGUACAAGUCGUCGCUCCUAUCCACGUCCCAGCUCAGAUUCCUCCUAUCCACCAGGCACCUCCCGUCCACGUUUCCCCGGCCCAGGGCCAUGCGGGAGUCCCUGUUUUGAUUGCGGUUCCCAUCAAUGGAGGCCACAACCGCCACGUGAUCCCUCCGGCCCACUGGACCGCCGCCGGGCGUCCGGUCGUGGUCACGGAAACGGUCCAGGCGCAAGCUGCGGCGCAACCCACCCAGCCCGCCUUCCGGCCACGGAGGUGA